UUGAGGCUCGUUUCAAUGACACUUACUACUUCUCAAAGAAAAUUUACCAAACAGAUAUCCAACGAAGGAGCAAUGGAGUUUUGAAGAAGGCUAAAAAAAGUUCUUUCUAGUUAUACGGUGAAAUUAUGUGUUUUAGCAUUAGGUUAACUCGUAGUUUUGAUUUUAGGAAAUGAAUUAGUUAAUUGAAAUUUAACUUUUUUGAUAUAUUAUAGAUAUUAAAAGGCUUUCAUGAAAUCAUAAGAAUCUUUAAAAUAGGUAUGCGAGAGCCUAUAUUUGUUCAGGAAAUUUGAAUUAAAGUGGUAAGUCUCAGCAGGAUGUCUAAAUCUUCAAUAAAAACUAUGUUUUUGAUAUUUAUAUCAAGUGAUUUUAAAUUUAUUUCUUGAAACUACUCCAAAAUCUUGAUAAAAGUUUGCUAUAUCUCUUCGUCCAGAUAGGAUGCAAAAUGUAAGUGUACCCAUUUUAUUAUUUUAGUUCUUAAUUUAUCAAUUGU